AUGUCAAUCCUCACGUGUUCGGGCAACGGCAGGCUCCACUCCUUGUGUUACUCUUCCCUCAAUUGCUGUAAGUUUGCAACCAUAAUUCUCCCAGAACUAAAGAACCAUCGUUUCCGGGAACGUGCAUAUCAAGGCGUAUUUACCGCUAACAGAACGCCAGUUAUCGUUUACGAUCAGAACUAA